GAUUAUGAAAACAAAAUCGGAAAUUCAAGCUGCGAAGCCUCUCACACACACUCAAGCACUUACAGAGCUGCAGUGAGUGUCUUCCCCAUUCGCUUUCUCCUUCACCGCGACUACCGCCUUACUAUUCCCUGAAAACGUUAAAUCCCACAAAUUCCCUUAAUCUAAAGUCCAACACUUCAAAUCGUUACCCCAUAUUUUCCCUCUAUUUCUCUCUCCUCAAUCUUAACCUUCUUUCCUCAAAAACCCUAGAAAAACCCUCAACCAAACCAUGACGAAAGUAUAUGGAACUGGUACCUACGAUUUUAAGCGACAUAGGGUGGCGGAAUACCCUGUUGAAAUCACCCACCAAAUCGCCGUUGAUAAAACCCCUGAUUCAAUCCCCAUUUCAAGUGCCCCCAAUUCAAUUAGUCUCUCCGAUAUCAUAAGGGAUCCACUUACUAUAAUUGCCGCCGAUAAUUGGAGUAAAUCCGGUGCAAAUGAUUCAAAACCCAGAAAACAUUUUGAUUCUGAGCUUGUCAAAGAUAUAUACCGCAAGGAGUUACUCGUGAAAUCGGGAGGAAAACCGGUGCCGUUGCGUAAAGUUAUGAUUCUGGAGAUUAGUCAGUAUUUGGAGAAUUAUCUUUGGCAUUUUUUUGAUUCGGAAACUGCUACUUUUGAGCAUGUUAUGUCGAUGAUACUUAUGAUUAAUGAGAAGUUUAGAGAGAAUGUGGCAGCUUGGGUGUGUUUUCAUGAUAGGAAAGAUGUGUUCAAGGCUUUUUUGGAGAGUGUUCUUCGGCUUAAAGAUCAGGCAGAUCGCUUCAGUAUUGCGGAAAAGACCAACUACUUGGUUUUCAUGAUUAAUGUCUUUCAGAGUUUGGAGGAUGAAGUAGUCAGCGAUACUGUUUUAAGACUAGCGAGUCUUCAGUGCUGGCAUAGCUUGUCAUAUGGUCGUUUUCAGAUGGAGUUAUGUGUAAAUCCUGAUUUGAUAAAGAAAUGGAAAAAGAUGACUAAAGCAGAAGCCAAGAAGGCUAAGAAACGGGGAGAGAAUUAUGACCCAUCAAUUACCCUGGAAGCGACAUUUUUGAGAAAUCUCAUUGUAGAGUUCUUGGUGAUAUUGGACUCUGAGGUGCUUUUUUCCACAAAACAUGAUGGUUCAGAAGGAAUUUGUGCGAAUGGUUUCCAAGAAGUUAAUGAUGCUUGUGUCUUGUACUGUGAGAGGUUUAUGGAGUUCCUUAUUGAUUUAUUAAGCCAACUGCCAACAAGAAGAUACUUGAGGCCUUUGGUGGCUGAUGUUGCUGUGGUUGCCAAAUGUCACUUGAGUGCGCUUUAUACUCAUGUCAGGGGAAAGCUCUUUUCCCAACUGGUUGACUUGUUACAGUUCUAUGAAACCUUUGAGAUCAAUGAUCAUGAAGGUACUCAAUUGACUGAUGAUGAGGUCCUGCAAGCGCACUAUGAUCGUUUUCAAUCAUUUCAGUUGCUUGCCUUUAAGAAAGUUCCAAAGCUGCGAGAGCUGGCUUUAGCGAAUGUUGGUGCAAUACACAAGCGUGUAGAUCUUUCGAAGAAACUGUCUGUUCUUUCGCCUGAAGAGCUCAAGGAUCUAGUGUGUUCUAAGCUCAAACUCAUUUCAAAUAAUGAUCCAUGGUCAGAUAGGGUUGAUUUUCUUAUUGAGAUUAUGGUAUCCUUUUUUGAGAAACAGAAGUCUCAGAAGGAAUCCAUUAAUGCUCUCCCACUCUAUCCAAAUGAGCAAAUCAUGUGGGAUGAAAGUCUUGUACCUAAUAUUAACUAUUCUGGAGAAGGAUGCCUGGCGCUCCCAAAACUUAACCUGCAGUUUUUGACCCUUCAUGAUUAUUUAUUGAGAAACUUUAAUCUUUUUCGUCUGGAGUCAACAUAUGAAAUUCGAGAGGAUAUUCAGGAAGCGGUUCCGCACCUUCUUGCCUAUAUCAAUAACGAAGGGGAAACAGCUUUCCGUGGUUGGUCAAGAAUGGCUGUACCCAUUAGGGAAUUCAGGAUUAGUGAGGUUAAGCAACCUAACAUUGGGGAAAUAAAACCAGCAGCAGUUACAGCAAAAAUUACUUACAGCAUUUCCAGUUAUAGAUCACACAUAAGAUCUGAAUGGGAUGGAUUAAAAGAGCAUGAUGUUUUAUUUUUGCUUUCUAUACGCCCUUCAUUUGAGCCGUUGAGCACAGAGGAAGCUUCUAAGGCAACUGUUCCUCAACGGCUUGGGCUUCAGUGUGUACGUGGAUGUGAAGUAAUAGAGAUCCGGGAUGAGGAAAGUGGCCUGAUGAAUGAUUUUACUGGGAAAAUAAAGCGUGACGAAUGGAAGCCUCCCAAGGGUGAAUUGAGAACUGUAACUGUAGCAUUAGACACAGCGCAGUACCACAUGGAUGUCACAGAUAUUGCAGAGAAAGGAGCUGAAGAUGUUUACGGAACUUUUAAUGUGUUAAUGAGGAGAAAACCGAAGGAAAAUAAUUUCAAGGCGAUUUUAGAAUCUAUUCGAGAUCUUAUGAAUGAAACUUGUAUAGUUCCUGAUUGGUUGCACAACAUAUUUCUGGGUUACGGAAAUCCUUCUGCUGCUCAAUGGACUAACAUGCCUGACCUUUUAGAGAUUGUAGAUUUUAAGGAUACUUUUCUGGAUGCAGAUCAUUUGAGGGACUGUUUUUUGAACUAUCAGAUUUCUUUCAUCAAUCCUGAUGGGUCGGAGAACCUGCAUCCGGAGCCUCCAUUUCAAAUUAAGCUCCCAAAGACGUUGAAAAGUAAUGUCCAAGCUCUCCCUGGCAAUAAGUCCAAUGUAGCUGCCUCCACUGAUGGUGAUGUCAGUGCAAUUCAAGAAAGUCUCAUUGUUGAGACAUAUAUUCCCCCUGAUCCAGGUCCAUACCCCCAAGACAAGCCAAAACAGAAUGCAGUUAGAUUUACCCCUACUCAGGUUGGGGCAAUUAUCGCUGGUGUUCAGCCAGGCUUGACAAUGGUAGUAGGUCCACCUGGUACUGGAAAGACUGAUACAGCUGUGCAGAUCCUAAAUGUUCUUUAUCACAACUGUCCUUCACAGAGAACUUUAAUAAUAACACACUCCAAUCAGGCUCUGAAUGAUCUAUUUGAAAAAAUAAUGGAGAGAGAUGUCCCUGCUCGGUAUCUUCUUCGACUAGGACAAGGUGAGCAGGAGUUAGCGACUGAUCUGGACUUCAGUCGUCAAGGCCGUGUAAAUGCAAUGCUUGUGCGACGUUUGGAACUGCUUAGUGAGGUGGAGAGGCUAGCGCGAUCUCUUCAGCUUCCCGAGGAUGUAGGUUAUACUUGCGAAACAGCGGGUUACUUCUGGUUGCUUCAUGUCUACUCACGGUGGGAGCAAUUUCUCGCUGCCUGUGCUGAUAAUAAAGACAAACCGACAUUUGUUCAAGACCGUUUCCCAUUUAAAGAGUUUUUUUCUGAUGCCCCUCAGCCAAUCUUUACUGGUAAGUCCUUUGAGAAAGAUAUGCGAGCUGCCAAAGGGUGUUUUCGCCAUCUCAAAACUGUGUUUCAGGAGCUUGAAGAGUGUAGGGCAUUUGAAUUGCUCAAAUCAACUGUGGAUAGAGCAAACUAUCUAAUGACCAAACAGGCAAAAAUUGUUGCUAUGACUUGCACACAUGCAGCUCUCAAGAGAAAGGAUUUUCUUCAAUUAGGAUUCAAGUAUGACAAUCUGUUGAUGGAAGAAAGUGCUCAAAUCUUGGAAAUUGAGACUUUUAUUCCAAUGUUGCUGCAGAGACAGGAAGAUGGCUAUGCACGUCUUAAACGUUGUAUAUUGAUUGGUGACCAUCACCAGCUGCCUCCUGUUGUUAAGAACAUGGCCUUUCAGAAGUAUAGCCACAUGGAUCAAAGUCUUUUUACACGGUUUGUCCGUCUAGGCAUUCCCUAUAUCGAGCUUAAUGCCCAGGGUCGAGCACGACCAAGCAUAGCUAAACUUUACAACUGGAGGUAUAGAGAGUUGGGAGACCUUCCCUAUGUAAAGCAAGGGACUGUUUUCAAUAGAGCAAAUGCUGGUUUUUCUUAUGACUAUCAGUUGGUGGAUGUGCCCGACUAUAAUGGCAAAGGUGAAAGUGCUCCUUCACCCUGGUUCUAUCAGAACGAGGGAGAGGCUGAAUACAUUGUCAGUGUUUACAUAUACAUGCGCUUAUUGGGUUAUCCUGCAAAUAAGAUUUCUAUCUUAACUACUUAUAACGGCCAGAAAUUUCUCAUUCGUGAUGUUAUUAGUAGAAGAUGUGUCCCAUACGACGUCAUUGGCCCCCCAAACAAGGUCACAACAGUGGAUAAGUUUCAAGGUCAGCAGAAUGAUUUUAUCUUACUGUCACUGGUGCGCAGUCGUUUUGUGGGACACUUGCGUGACGUGAGAAGGUUGGUUGUUGCAAUGUCUCGUGCAAGACUUGGCCUCUAUGUUUUCUGCCGUCGUUCUUUGUUUGAGCAGUGCUAUGAACUACAACCCACUUUCCAGCGUCUUCUACAGAGACCUGAUCGCCUUGCAUUAAACUUGACGGAGAACAUGCCUUUCACAGAUCGUCAUGUUGAAGAUACUGGGCCAGUCUAUCAUGUCAGUGGUGUGGAGGAAAUGGCUAAUAUUGUGAACUCCAAAAGGUAUCAGGUUGACCAGGCAAGGAUUAUGAGCCUUCAAUAUAAUACUGGUUAUGGACAAGGAGGUGCUUCUGUUGAAUCUAUCCAGAGUGGACAGCAGCAUUUGGCCUCAGUAAAAGACAUGGAGACAGAAAGAUCUGUCUUGGAAAAUGGCAAGUCAGGGCAAGUCCCCCCUGGCCCUGGUAGUAACUUGGAGGAAGGUACUGAUAUGGAGGAAGAUAAGAAUGGUCAAAACGGAGAUGUGCAAGUAGAGAAUGACGAGGAACAUAGAACAGAUUCUGAAGUUGUAGCAGAUGGUGAUGCUGAUCCUGAUCUUGCUGCAACCAAUAUGGAGGAGUAAGCUGAUGGAAGUAACAGAAGGCGCUGAUCAUAUCUGAAGGACCUUGCAGCUGAAUUUAGCAAUGUAAACCUCGUUUGGCCUCAUACUAAUUAUAGCCAUGCUAACGGAAGAAGGUGUUGAACAAGAGCAGCCAGAUGCCCUCUUUGUUUUCAUGCCAUGCAUUACAGGCACCGCGCUGAACCCUCUAAUUACAUGAUGACUUGGGCUGUUUUUGAGGAAUCGGGUAUUUUCUUCAAUAUAAAAACCUUUAGCUCCAUGAUUUCUUGUAAAUGAACUUCGAGUUUAGUCCUGGUAGCAUGAAAAAUACUCGGUAGGUUUUGUUCUUCAGGCAAAAUGAAAAUUACUGGAGUGUUAUUUUCAGCAGAAGUGUGAGGGAAAGAGGUUUAAUAGAGGCACUAAAUAUUUUUCAGUGGUUCUUGCGGUAGACUAUAUCGAUUCAUUUUUCACUGUACUGUAUACAGGUUGAUGUAUCCUUGAAUUUUAGAUUGUAAAGUACUUGAUCAGUAUAUGGAGAAAAGAACACCAGUUUUCGGAUUCCUA